AUGGCUACAAGACUCGACCGGUUGGUAUUACUAUUAGACACUGGCUCAACCACUGCAGUCAGACGAACAGCUGCUCAACAAUUAGGCGAAAUCCAAAAGCAGCAUCCUGGAGAACUGUAUAAUUUAUUAUCAAGAGUCGUCGUUCACCUUCGAAGCAAAGCAUGGGAUACACGCUGGGCUGCAGGUCAAGCACUUGAAGCCAUUGCUGCCAAUGUGCCAGCUUGGGAUCCAAGCUUAACAGACGCUGCUACUGAUGAUACGAUGGAUAUUGAUCAAGAGCAAGAUGUACACAAACUACGCUUCAGCCAAUUUGAUCUUGCCUCAGUACUUCAGCACGGAAAACUUUUAUUAGGCUCUGCAGGGAAAGAAUACGAUAUAGAUUUUUCAGACAUGACACCACAAGAACGCUUAGAAUUACAAAGACGCAACCUCAAGGAACGCUUGGGUCUUGCAAGCCAGUUUAUGGAUGUGGACUUGGUCGAUGAUGCUGAUUUAGACAACAACAAGACAAAUCAAGCUACCAAAGCUGUGACGAAAAGUCCUUCACCUUCGCCAUCUACCUCCACAGUAGCAGUAAAUGCACCCACACCCGCAGUAGCAGAAAUCAAUAUGGCUGGAUUAUCCGCUCGUGAGAGAAAUAUGCUGAAACGUAAAAUGAAAUUAGAGUCGAAAAUGAAGGGAAAGAAAGAAAAAGUUCGCGUGAUGGAUUUGAAAGGCAAAGCAGAGCCAAAAGCUGUCAAAGUGGAAUCCAAAGAAGAGUUUGAAUUCACAGCACAACCCCAAUCCGAUAAGUUUGUUGUAGAAGUCAAGAAGCCAGCACCCUCUGUAGACGACACGGUGGAUGAAGUUCAGCGUGAUUGGCCAUUCAAGAUGGUAUGCGAACACUUGUGCUUGGAUUUGUUUGAUCCUGCUUGGGAGAUUCGACAUGGUGCUGGUAUCGGUUUACGAAGCAUUCUGAAAGCGCAUGGCGAAGGUGCAGGCAAAAGAUUGGGCGACAAAUCGAGAAACGAGGAGCUACACAACGCAUGGCUGGAGGAUGUUGCUAUUCGAUUACUGUGUGUGUUUGCUUUGGAUCGAUUUGCUGACUUUGUCUCUGACCAAGUUGUAUGUCCAGUGAGAGAGACCUGUUCGCAGACAUUGGGUGUCGUUCUGCAGUACAUGACAGCCAGCUCAGUCGAGAAGGUACACGAAAACCUGCUCAAGCUCAUCAACCAAGACGAUCCGUCAUUUGGUGGCCGAUCCAUUUGGGAAGUCAGACAUGCUGGAUUACUUGGAUUAAAAUACACAGUGGCUGUCAGAAAGGAUUUGGUCGACAUGCUCGUUGAUGGCACUACAGGUGCCGUUAUUCUCGGCCUGCGAGACCACGACGACGAUGUGCGCGCUGUCAGUGCUGCCACCUUACUGCCCAUCACUGCAGAGUUUGUACGUAUGAGCUCCAAAGGCCGUAUUCGAGAUGUGAUUACAACGUUGUGGGAUUGUCUUAUCGACCUGAAAGAUGACUUGACCGCUUCCACUGGCGCUGUGAUGGAUCUCAUUGCCAAGAUGUUUGAACAACCUGGUGUCAUGGAGAUUGUACGUGAAGGCUGUAGCCUAUCAGAACUCGUGCCUCGACUGCAUCCCUUCUUUCGACACACGAUCACUGGUGUACGUAUGGCUGUUCUGAACACGCUGCUGACAUUCAUCGAAUGCGGUACAUCCGCUGAAUGGGUCGACGAACGCGUGUAUCGCUUGGUAUUUCAAAAUUUGAUUGUAGAAGAAAAAGUAGACAUCAUUGAAAAAACAUUGGCUGUGUGGAAGGGACUGACCAUCAGCGGCAAAGUGGACACACAACUCGUUUUGCAAGGCACACAAAACUGGCUUGGUAGUUGGUUCGAGAUUACAAUGACGCCUAUUGGGCAGCCCUUGGACACUGCAUCCUACUUUUACAAACCACCUGGAGCCUUUGGCAACGGCGGUACAUUAGCAACAACCACAUCAGCACCAGUCGUUGAUAAAACCAGCAAGAAGAUGGCCAAGAAGGCAAAGACAAAUCAAACAAGCAGCGACAUCAGCAAAGAGGCAGCAGCUACUACUGCAGACAGCAGAGACGAUGGCCACAAUCUGGACGCUGGCAUGAUCGCUCAAGACUUCUCCUUGAUUACCACCAACCAAGUCAUGCGAUGUCGUAUUGCUUGCACAACAGCGUUGGGUAUGGCAAUGAGCACAUGGCCUGAUGAUUCGAUGGAGAUGUCUUAUCAGGAAGUGAUCCUGACACUGUUGACCUCGCAAUGGGCACUGAAGCGCCAAUUGGGUGCGAUGGCGGUGGAGGAAUGGGCCAAGGCAGUACUCAAGACACGCUACAACGCUGACUGUAUCAGCCAUGCACCUGAAGAUGCCAUUUUGGCAAACACACACAACUUUCCCAAGACAUUGUCCAACGCCAUGAUUGCUAAUCUCGAUAAUGCGGCCAAGCACACAACUGGAUUUUACUUUGAGCUCGUACACGUGUUAAAGCGUAUUAGAGGCGAAUGCCAAAACCUGGUAAAUGCCUUCCAUGCAGAAGCUCAAGUCCCUAUUGAACAUAUUCCCACAUUGCCUACUUUGGUCCCUGGAGAAGCGUUACCCGAGCAAGGCCCCUUGUUCACGAUUGAAACAGCUACCUCCGUCGUAGGCGAUACCUUUGAACAGCUGAUGGGCAAGAUACCCAAGAUCAAGGGCAGAGCAGCCAUCAUUACAGCAUUGGACGAACGUCAGCGUCGAGUCGUGGGCUCCAUUGGCUACUUUGAAGAGCUCAAGCAAAAGAUCGAAAUCAACGUCUAUGCCAGUACAGCUGGAGCAGUGAUUGAAUUGGGCGUGUUGCCAGCCAAACUGAAUCCUGUGAUUCGUAGUGUGAUGAACAGCAUCAAAUUCGAGGAAAACCUGGAACUGCAAGAACGUUCUGCUGCGACUCUGACGGAUCUGAUUGCUCUUUGUGAACGUUCUCAAUCGCGCGUCAACCCCAACGACAAAAUCGUCAAGAACCUGUGUACCUUUUUGUGUUCUGAUACGACAGUGACACCUGUGCUGGAGGACAAUCAGACCAAAUCAGGCAUCUUGUCCAUUCAAAAGGAAGAAACAGGCGGCAAAGCAACUUCUGCAGCAACAACAGCAAAUACCAAGGAAGUCUUGACGCAGGAACAAAAGGACGCUCAGCUGAUGAAGCGUGGUGCUGAAAUCUCGUUGCGCAAACUCUGUGAUACCUUUGGAGACCGCGUGUUUGAAAUCGUGCCCAAACUAAUGCAGUGUAUCACCCAAAAGGUCAUGGAGGCAUUCCCUGAAAACGCAGAUGUUACCAGCACAGUGGAGAAGGCAGAUCAGGCCAUUAGCGAGCAAUUCCAAUUGGGACAAGAAGUGAUUGACGGAUUGACUAUAUUGACCAUGGUCGUGCCUUAUCUGUCUGAAGGCCUCUGGCCACAGAUCUGCGAAUUCAUCCCCUACGUCUGUCGUACUCUGCAAUCGUGUUAUGCCGUCAUUCGUUCAGUCAGUGCUCGUUGUCUUGCUGCUAUCGCUAAUGUUAUUACCACCAAAACCAUGCAGGUCAUUGUGGACCAUGUCUUGCCUCAAUUAGGAAACACACUGAACUCCUAUUAUCGUCAAGGUGCUGCUGAACUCGUCUACCAUCUCGUGCAAUUACUGGAUACAAAGAUCUUGCCGUACACCAUCUUUUUGAUCGUGCCUAUCCUGGGCCGCAUGAGUGAUGCGGAUGAAGCGGUGCGUCUCAUUUGCACCAAUUGCUUUGCUCUUUUGAUCAAGCUUGUUCCCCUAGAAGCUGGUAUCCCAGAUCCUCCAGGCAUGUCUGCAGAGAUGUUGGCACAUCGUGAUGAAGAGCGUCGCUUUUUGUCUCAAUUGCUGGACAGCUCGAAGGUCGAGAGUUACGAAAUCCCUGUCAAGAUCCAUGCUGAAUUGCGUAAAUACCAACAGGAAGGCGUCAAUUGGUUGGCAUUCCUCAAUAAGUUCCAUCUGCAUGGUAUUCUCUGUGAUGAUAUGGGUUUGGGUAAGACGCUGCAGUCUAUUUGUAUUCUUGCUGGUGACCACUUUCAUCGAGCCCAAAAGUUUACAGAGACAAAGUCUCCUGAAUGGGCAGCAAGUCCCUCGUUGGUCAUUUGUCCUCCUACGCUGACAGGCCAUUGGUUCCAUGAAAUCAAGCACUAUUGCGACAAUUUGAAGCCGUUGCUGUAUACAGGUGGACCAGCAGAAAGAAAGAGACUUCGCGCUUCCAUUUUGAAAAACGACGUAAUCAUCAUGUCUUACGAUAUCAUCAGAAACGACAUUGAAGAGCUAUCAUCCAUCACUUGGAAUUACUGCAUCUUGGAUGAGGGUCAUAUCAUCAAAAAUGGUAGAACAAAGAUUACAAGGGCUAUUAAAACUGUAAAGUCAAACCACCGUUUGAUUCUUUCUGGUACACCCAUUCAAAACAACGUGCUGGAACUAUGGUCCUUGUUUGACUUUUUGAUGCCUGGAUUCCUUGGUUCAGAAAAGCUGUUCAACGAGCGAUUUGGUAAGCCCAUCUUGGCCAGCAGAGACAGCAAGAGUUCGUCCAAGGAACAGGAAGCGGGUGCACUUGCACUAGAGGCUUUGCACAAGCAAGUGCUGCCAUUCCUGCUGCGUAGAUUAAAGGAGGAUGUGCUGCAUGACCUGCCACCCAAGAUCAUCCAAGAUUACUACUGCGAAUUGAGCGAUCUACAAAAGUCAUUGUACGAUGAAUUUGCCAAAUCUCAAGCGAGAUCAUCUGUGGAAGAGGACCUUGGCGCAGGCGUCGUGACAAAACCAGGAGAGAGACCUAAAGGAGCCACACACAUCUUCCAGGCACUCCAGUACCUUCGCAGAUUAUGUAACCAUCCUUUGCUCGUCGUCAGCGAUAAAUAUCCCAACUACAAAAAGGUCGAGACAUUCCUGAGCAAGACCAAUACAAAUAUACACAGCAUAUCCAACGCACCAAAACUACAGGCCUUAAAGCAAUUACUAGGCGAGUGUGGUAUUGGCGUUACCACUACCGAGUCAGACUCUGAUCCUGCUGCCAUGGCGAUAGGUGCUGUGAGUCAGCAUCGUGCCUUGAUAUUUUGUCAAUUAAAGCCCAUGCUCGAUAUCAUUGAAAACGAUUUAUUCAAGACACUGAUGCCUACCGUCAGUUAUCUACGAAUGGACGGGUCAGUGGAUGCCAGCAAACGCCAUGAAAUGGUACAAAAGUUCAACGCAGAUCCUUCCAUUGAUGUCUUGCUGCUUACCACACACGUGGGCGGUCUUGGUCUCAACUUGACAGGUGCUGAUACUGUCAUUUUUGUGGAGCAUGAUUGGAACCCCAUGAAAGAUUUGCAGGCCAUGGAUCGCGCACAUCGUAUCGGUCAAAAGAAGGUGGUGAAUGUGUAUCGUUUGAUUACCCGAGGCACGUUGGAAGAAAAGAUCAUGGGCCUUCAAAAGUUCAAAUUGAAUAUCGCCAAUUCUAUUGUCAACCAACAAAACUCGGGUCUGCAAAGUAUGGAUACAGAUCAAAUCCUAGACUUGUUUAAUGUGGGCAAUGAUGAUGCGUUGUCCUCUUCCAACAAAAAGAAGGCCAAAAACAACGAUGUGGCUGCAGAAGGUCUGGGUCCAGCGAAAGCAGUUUUGGAGAACCUGGAAACCUUGUGGGACGAAAAGGAUUACGAAGAAGAAUACAACAUUGAUAGCUUUAUUAGCAGCUUGAAUUAA